UCGACUUAACCUUUCGAAACUUGACUUUUAAAAUUCCAAAAUGUUUAGCAACUAACUCUUUUAGCUUAAAGCAAUUCAAUGGACAAUUUGUGAAUGUAACUGAAGCAGUAGGCAAAAGCUUAAGCAUAAUGCAAUGCAAUGAGAGUACAGAUGCCUGGAGGCCAAGCCCUAACCCAUGCAGUCUACCUGAAUACCCGUCUCGCAGCAGCAGCAGCAACAGCUGCUGUCCUAGAGCUAAUGAACGUCUACCUGCUAGAAAAUGUCGCAUCUGUUCCAUACUCUAUGACGAGCAGGAUCCUAUAGCAGCAUUGGCUAAAAGCUUUGCCACUGCCAGCGCCAGCACGCAAACUGUCUACGUGCAACAUAAGCAAACGCAAACUGCAGGAUACACUGAGUUAUGGCCCAAGCAAGUAGAUGUGGCAACUCAAAUGGAGCCGCAAGUGGAGCAGGGCACGCAGUCUGAAAAGCUAUUUAUGAUUGACAAGAAUGCGCGACAUGCUAUGAAGAAUCCUAUAUACAAAACUGAUCGCGAAGAAGAAACGCGCAGACUCAAUUCACCCAAGCUGGUGGGACUGCGUAAAUUUCUGCAGCGUGUCACACCCUAUCACAAAGGAUUGCAUACAGCAAAGCAUAAUGUGGGGCAUAAACUUCCGCGGGAUAGCUUAGAAUUGCUGCACGAGCAUGAAGAAGUUAAAGUAACGAAUGAGCCAGAGCGUAGACAUGCUGCUCAAUAUAAUCAUCCGCAUAAAGAUGAGCAAUCAGCUCAUCUAACAACAAUGCCUAGAGUGCUGAAACAAAAGUCCAACCAGCAUUUCCAUUAUCAAGCAAACACUGAGCUUGACUCUCAAGGCGAAUGUGCGCGUUGCAAACAUGUGGCCGAGCUGUCCAAACAAAUGCUUGAGCUGCAACAACAGUUGGCCAGACAGCAGCAGCAGAGCAGACAACUUGAGGAGGCGCUUCGGUGCUUGAAAAGCCAACAGCAGACAGCCACUGGCCCCAAAUGUGCUUCAGCUGCCGCCUUUAGCUGCAAAUCCGCCUCGAGUGCCUCCAACUUUGCGCUUGAAGCGCAAGUCUCGAGCGUCUGUCAGUUGUGCAAGGACAAAGAGCUGCCUGUGCUGGAUGAACUGACGCCGGAGCUGCGUCGGCUGAUGGGCAAACGCUGUUGCUACGAGAUCAUGUUGAUGGUGCUGCUGCGCGCCGAUAAUCUUUAUCAUGUGAGUGUCCAGGACAUGCAAACGCAUCAAGUGCUGGGCUGUCUGCUGGCCAGCCAUCGAGCCAUUGAGCAAGCCGUCAACUUGGGUGUCUUUGACCAAAUAUUUACCUUGAAUGUAAUCGAUGUGCGCAAUACGAUUCGCCCUAUUGGCCGCAGCUUUGGCAUACCCUUUGAGUUUGUAGCGUGCGAGCGAGAUGCCAAUAGGCCCUCAUACAUGCGACUGCAGUUGCCACAAGAAGUAGCAGCAGUAGCUAGAGGCGUAGCGCCCACUUUAGUGCCUGAAAUAUCAGAGGAUCCCCAAAUUGAAGAUUCAAAUAUUUGCAAGCUUAUAAACACUGUGAUAAAGCAAUUUCAACAUAGAACGAUCAGCUGAUUGAGAUGAAAACUAGCGCUGCACAUUGCUCGAUUGCUGUUUAUCGAUAAGCGCAGCUUAGUGUUGCAAAUUAACUUUUAAUUAUGUUUCUAAUAAAAAUAGUGUGA